AUACGGACGUCUCAGUUAGCGAACUAAGCUUAAACGGUUAAAACGUCAAACCAGUUGCGGAACAUGUCACAAGAUCGUUCGUAAAACGGGAUAUUUAACAAAUAAAAGAAAAAAGAAUAAUAACAGACGUAUACAAAACAAAAGGCAAAGAAGAAGCUGCUACUGCUGUUCAAAAAAAUUCCAAACAAUAACAAAAAAUAUUCUUAUACCUUCUGAAACUCGAUUUUUUAUAAAGAAAUCUGAAUUUAUUACACAUAAAAAUCCCCCUUGAAAGACUGGCAUUUGUUUUAUUUAACUUCUAGUGCAAAAGAACAUCAUUUGUGAACAGAAUUUGUAAUUUGUACAACUGUGUGUGUUGGUGUAGUUGCAUGAGCCCCAAGAGUCCCGCCAGUGCUAAUAACAUGGCAAAGCAUUAUUGUUUAAUAAAUUUUAUUCUAUUUUUGUUUUUUAACAACUCGCCGGCAUGUGCACAAGUUCACUUUCCCAAUGGUCAUGUUGAUGUGCCAAAUUUUGGACGUUGCGUUACACCGAAUCGUGAAAGGGCAUUGUGCAUCAUUUUGGAAGAUUGUAAAUAUCUGUACAAUGUAUUGAUAACACCGCCAUUGAGAGAUGCCGAUCGUUUAUAUUUAAGUCGAAGUCAAUGUGGCUAUCAAAAUGGAAAAGUUUUGAUAUGCUGCCCUGAUCGUUUUCGUACGGUACAACCAAUAACAUCAGCAUCAGCAGCGCCCGCCCCGUCUUACGUUAGUAACAUUUUACCGCAACCAGGACAAUGUGGCAAUGUCUUAUCAAAUCGUAUCUAUGGUGGUAAUAAAACAAAGAUUGAUGAAUUUCCAUGGAUGGCGUUGAUUGAGUAUACCAAAGGAAGUAGUGGCAAAGGUCACCAUUGUGGUGGUUCCCUCAUCAAUAGCCGUUACGUUCUUACUGCCUCCCAUUGUGUCAAUGGCAAGUCUAUACCCUCCCAUUGGCGUCUAACAGCCGUUCGAUUGGGUGAAUGGAAUCUAAAAACAAAUCCAGAUUGUGAAAUAGAUAUACGUGGUGAGAAAGACUGUGCACCCGAAUAUAUUGAUGUGCGGGUUGAACGUGCCAUACCACAUCCUCUCUAUGAUCCGAAUUCAAGAAAUCAAGCCAAUGACAUUGCACUGCUGCGUUUGGAACGUAAUGUUCAAUUUACUGACUUUAUUAGUCCUAUAUGUUUGCCAAUUAGUUCCAGUCUUAGAUCGGCAACAUUUGAUGGUAUUGUCAUGGAUGUGGCCGGUUGGGGUAAAACCGAGAACAUGUCUGUUUCGGAUCUAAAGUUGAAGGCCUCGGUAACAGGACAAGGAAUAAAUGAGUGCCGUUCGGUAUAUAUGCGGCAAAAUAUCAUUCUUGAAGAUUCGCAAAUUUGUGCUGGUGGCCAAGAAGGCAUUGAUUCAUGUCGUGGUGACUCUGGUGGACCUCUAAUAAGUUUAGACACUACAAAUAGGGUACGAGCCUAUUAUUUCUUGGCUGGCGUUGUAUCGUUUGGACCCACACCCUGUGGCUUGGAAGGUUGGCCAGGAAUUUAUACACGAGUAGGAAGUUUCAUAGACUGGAUCACUCGAAAUGUUGAGCCAUAAUACUCAGUUUUUAGAUGAACGGUUGAUGAAUAUUUAGUGUUUUAAGUAUCUGUUUUGUAUUCUGAGCUGUAAAUAAUGUUUUAUUGAAAGAAAAACAAUUGUUUUGAAAACACUUUGUUAAUAAACUUUGGACUAUCCUUAUAUCACAAGGAAGCAAA